AGAGGACGCGGUGAGAGGGAAGUCACUUGCAAGUCAGGAACAGGGUCUUCACUGAGGACCAGGUCUGCUCGUGCCUUAUCUCAGACUUCCAGUCUCCAGAACUGUGAGAAAGAAAUGUCUGUUGUUUAAGCCACCCCGUCUGUAGAGUUUGUUUGGCAGCCCAAGCUGAUGGAUACAGGAGGCUCUAAGAGGCAACAAAUGAGAACCUGGAUGAAGAGGCAUGUCAAAGAGGAACUGGAGCCCAUCAAACCUGUGGAAAUUAUAGGCUGUGGACCAAGUUCUGGCGAAGGCUCAACUUGUAGCAGCCCCCACCCACCCCACCCUGUCACCGUGUCACUCUGAGGGAGUACAUGGAGUGAGCCAGGGAGGCCUGCGGCUUGGAAAUUAAAGCUGAGGAGGCAGAAUCUGGCUUUUCCCCCAAGGCCCUUGGAGCUGACCUUGAAGGAAAGAGACUGCUCUAAAACUUCAACUCCCACUGCUUCCUCUCCCACAUAAAUGACAAGAGGGAAUUCAUUUGGCAUCCCUGACUAUUCCUGGAUAUUGAACCUUACUUUAGCGAAUUCAAGCACUCCAACUCUGGGAGAAGGAGCCCAGGACUUAAAGAACCUGCAGAGCCCGGUAUCGCGGAGUCUCGCCGUAACCCAAGAUGGCAACCAUUGCUCAUUUUCAGUCCGUACAAUGACGUGAUAGAGCGACAGUGCCGCACCCUCUCCCUGAGGUUUUACUACAUUUCCCAGGAUGCUUUGCCAACGCCGACGAUAUUGGCCGGCGCCGACGGAAGAGCACCUGACUGAGCGGAAGUAGAGAUCUCAGAGGCGAGGAAGGUGAGGACGAGAGGAACAGUGAAGUUUCAGCUUCACCUCCCUCACUGAUUCAGCAAUGGGGGAAAAGUUGAACUGUAGGGUUCCAGAGGAUCUGUUCACUGGUUUGAAAGUUACAGAUCCCCAGGAAGCAGAGUGUGUUCACCCUCCAGUAUCCAGUGGCAAAGAGCAGCAUUCCCAGAGCGAGCUGCUCAAGGAUGUCGACGCCCAGCCCCAGGAGGACCAGGAGGAGGAGGAGUGCUUUCAUGACGCCAGUGCCUCAUUUGAGACGGAGGAGCCGGGAGCAGACAAGCUUGAGAACAAACCUGAGGAUGAUAUGAAUCCCUCUGAACUAGAUGAAGAAUAUCUAAUGGAGCUGGAGAAGAACAUGCCAGAUGAAGAGAAAAAGAGAAGGAGAGAAGAGAGCUCUAGACUAAAGGAGGAGGGAAAUGAGCAGUUUAAGAAGGGAGAUUACAUAGAAGCUGAAAGUUCUUAUACUCGAGCCCUGCAGACGUGUCCCUCCUGCUUCCAGAAAGACCGGUCUGUUCUGUUUUCCAACAGAGCUGCGGCAAGGAUGAAACAGGACAAGAAAGAGAUGGCCAUCAGUGACUGCAGCAAAGCAAUUCAGUUAAACCCCAGCUAUAUCAGGGCAAUACUGAGGAGAGCAGAGUUGUAUGAGAAGACUGACAAGCUGGAUGAAGCCCUGGAAGACUAUAAAUCCAUAUUAGAAAAAGACCCAUCAGUACAUCAAGCAAGAGAAGCUUGCAUGAGAUUACCUAAGCAGAUUGAAGAACGCAAUGAAAGACUGAAGGAAGAGAUGUUAGGUAAACUAAAAGAUCUUGGGAACUUGGUUCUCCGGCCUUUUGGACUCUCCACAGAGAAUUUCCAGAUCAAACAGGAUUCCUCUACUGGCUCCUACUCCAUCAAUUUUGUUCAAAAUCCAAAUAACAACAGAUAACAAAGAUAACAAUAGCUUUUAAAGCUGGCUUGGAAAUUGUGUGCUGCUUGGAUUAGCAAGGGGAAAGGCCCUGCUAGUGUUUAACUUCUAAAAGCAUCUGAUCUCAGAGACAGGCUGUCUCGUAGAGCCCAGUGCUCCCUUCUGCCCUUUGUUUUACGAUCAGGGUGAAAUGCACUUCCUGAUACAGUGAGCCUAAUUUGAUUUCCAUUUUACGGUGGUGUCUGUGCUGCUGUUGCCCUGGUUCCAGCUGUCCUUUGUUUUGUCCAGGAGAAAGCCUGCUUAUCGAGACGCACCUCCCUGAGCUCCACAAACACAAACCCAGCUGGAGUCUCCUGGGCCGAGCAAACCUGCUGGGCAGAGACCACCUGGCCAUGUGUGAUGGGGUCCCCGCCUGCUGUCCCCUCGCCCCGAUAGCACACACUGCCCUGUGUGGGCUCCAGCAUCUCCUGGUUUCCUCUGGUAAUAAAUGCUUUCUGUGACAGUC